GUUUGACCAGCCUGCUGAUUGGCUCGCACUGGGGAGAGAGCUGCUGCCUUGGGCUUUGCUCACUGUGUGUAUGAAGCAGGUGCUGUGAGCCUGUCAGUGUCCCUCCUCAGAAAGACCCUCGAACAAUUGACUGACUGACCCUCACCUCAGCCUCACCAUGAAGCUCCUCAUCCUGCUGGCCCUCAGCUCCUUCGCACAUGCUGGAUCUUUUAAUAUUUCUUUGGUGAAUGAAGCUGACAAUGGCAUUGUUGGAAAUAUCCGUUCGAUGUCAGCUAUUGUGGCCCUGCCUUUGUGUAGAUUCUCGAGUCAGCGAGUGAUGGUCAAUGUUACAAACAGUACAGGAGGCCCAGGGCCAGAACAGGAAAGUUUUGUGAGGCCAAUCUGUCGAUUCAGACGAGGACUGGUCAGCGUCGUGUCUAACGUUAAUGGUAUUCGACAAACAUUUGACUUGGGUUACAGAUUGAAAAAUCUCAAACCCAACACAGAAUACAAAGUGGUUUAUCACAUUGAUGGUGAGGAAAGCAACCCCCUCAGCAUCAGGACGACCUCACCGAUGGAUUUCAAUGACAUUGAUGUUGGUUUCUCGGGCCGGAGUGGGGCGAUGGUGGUCAUCACUGUGCUGCUGUCUAUUGCUAUGGCUGUGCUCAUCAUCCUACUGAUUGUUUCUAUCAUAGUCCGAAGUUAAACAAUGGGCUUGAAGAAUGAACAAAUACAAUCAGUCACUUAUAAGUGUUCUCCUUAUUAAUUGUGCAUUUUAUAAUUGUGCUCUGCACUUUCAAAUGUUAUGUAUUUAAUUUGUAAUUCAGAGGGGAAGUUACUAAUUGUGAAUGGAAUAUUUCUAUACCAUGUUUUAAUUUUAAGCAUUAAGAAUUUUAUUUUUCUGUUCCAUGAGAGUCUUUCUUAGGUCCUUUAACCCUCUGUCAUUUCUGAAAUGAUCUUCCAGGCUAGACUUGAUUCCUGCCUGGAUCUCUUUGUUCUGAUCAAUCUGUCUGUGGGGCAUAGGUGUGGGGGUGAACCCGCUCAGACUGUGGGACCCUGGAGAAGUGGAAAUGAUGGUUCUGUGCCUCCUUCGAACCUGAUUAAAACACUGUGCACCAUUGUACUCUUAAUUUGUAUUUAAAAUAUAUAUUUAUAAUCCA